AGGCUGACCACAAAUAGACAAACAUGUCAAUUCACACCAUGGUGAGGGCAGACAGCUAUGCGGUGAGGGCAGACAGCUAUGCGGUGAGGGCAGACAGCUAUGCGGUGAGGGCAGUAAGCUAUGCGGUGAGGGCAGACAGCUAUGCGGUGAGGGCAGACAGCUAUGCGGUGAGGGCAGACAGCUAUGCGGUGAGGGCAGACAGCUAUGCGGUGAGGGCAGACAGCUAUGUGGUGAGGGCAGACAGCUAUGUGGUGAGGGCAGUAAGCUAUGCGGUGAGGGCAGACAGCUAUGUGGUGAGGGCAGACAGCUAUGCGGUGAGGGCAGACAGCUAUGUGGUGAUGGCAGACAGCUAUGCGGUGAGGGCAGACAGCUAUGUGGUGAUAGCAGACAGCUAUGCGGUGAGGGCAGUAAGCUAUGCGGUGAGGGCAGACAGCUAUGCGGUGAGGGCAGACAGCUAUGCGGUGAGGUCAGACAGCUAUGCGGUGAGGGCAGUAAGCUAUGCGGUGAGGGCAGACAGCUAUGUGGUGAGGGCAGACAGCUAUGCGGUGAGGGCAGACAGCUAUGCGGUGAGGGCAGACAGCUAUGUGGUGAGGGCAGACAGCUAUGCGGUGAGGGCAGACAGCUCUGUGGUGAGGGCAGACAGCUAUGCGGUGAGGGCAGACAGAUAUGCGUGCAGCCCUUGCCCGGCGGCAGAUUUCCUCCGGUGCAUCUUCUUGUGUCUGCAGUAG